GACAGACAGCUGUCAAGAAGUUUUUGAAGUUUACACACUUGCCGAAUUUUAUUGCCGAUUGGAAAUAAAUAAAUUGAUUUCUUUUCAUGAAAAUACUUCUGAUUGUAUUAUAAUAAACAAAAUGAAAGUCGUUUAUUUUCUAGUAUUGAUAAGUUGUAUCACAAUAUCUGAGAGUGUCUUACAGAGUGUGAGUGAUGAUGAUAUUUUGCAGUUGAUCAAAGAUCAUGAAAAACUUAUUGUUUUCUUCACAAAAUCAAACUGUCCAUUGUGUACAAAAUUUGAGGAGCACAUUGAAAGUUUGCACGAAGACUUCGAGAAACAUCUGAAUGCAUUUACUGUAAAAGCAAGCAAUAGCCAUUUAGUGAAGCUUUACAGCCCAACCAAAGAACCAGCUAUUGUAUUCUUCCGACAUGGGAUACCAAUGUUAUACAAUGGUGAGGCUGAUGAAACUGCCAUAUACACUUUCCUUGAGGCAAAUCAAUCACCGGCAGUGAAAGAAAUGACCGAUAAGAUAUUUGAACAUAUGACUCAAGCCGCUACUGGUGCUACCACUGGUGACUGGUUUGUUAUGUUUUAUGGGGCAUCAUGCGUUGAGUGCCAGAGACUUCACGCUGUAUGGGAAGGAGUAGGAGCGACAUUACGUGGCCGCAUCAAUGUGGCCCGUGUAGAUGCCAAUUUGGCAGGAAUCAACACAGCCAAAAGAUUUAAAGUAACCAAGUUGCCCACAUUCUUAUUCUUCAGACAUGGCAAGAUGUACAAAUAUGAUCUACCGAAGAAUGAUAUAAAAUCAUUUGUGUCAUUUGCUCAAGACUGGUACAAAAAUGCUAAAAGUGAUAAUGUUCCACUUGUGCCAUCUCCAUUUGAUGAUGUCGUAGAUUGGUGUGUAGAAAUGAUAAGAUUUUGGGUCACUUUUGGACUGGAAAUACUAGCGAAACAUCCCUGGAUCUGGCAAAUUGGUGUGGCUGGAUUUGGCCUCGUAGCCAUAACAGCUCUUAUAGCCCUGGUAAAGGCUGGCAAAACUAAACCAGUCAAAGAAACUAAAAAAGACAAGAAAAGUAAAUAAUGCUAUGCUAUAAAUAGUUAUAGAACAUAGAUUCUAUUAGCAUUAUUUAAAACUUUUGCUCAUGCAUUUACAUUUUGAUAUUUUUAUAGUUACUUUAUUUAUAUGCUGUACAGACUUGAUUUUUUAUAUAUUUUGGACUGUUGUAUUUAAGUUAUAUUGUGUAUUGUUUUCACAUGGUGAAUAAAACUUGGUUUGAUCUAUCAAAAUAUUUAGGCAAUUCCGUCCAAAAAAAGAGUUAAAUAUUAUUUGAGAAAUGUAAGAAAUGAUCUCUUUAAAUAUUGUGUUGAGGUUUUUUUGAUUAUUUCAUAAAUAUCUAUGUAUUGUAUAACUUGUUGUGCGUUGGACUCUUAAUAUUCCUCCUUCUGAAGGAAUAUUAACUUUAUGGUUGGACUUUCUGUGAGCCUUCAAGCAGAUUAUAAAUAAAUAAAUAAUAAUAAAACAAUCCAUGUUAUUUAAAUAUUUAUUAUAAAAUAAAUAAAUGUAAAAACAA